AUGAAUGAGCUUGUUGGAUACCCCGAUUGGGUGCUCAAUAAUCAUGAACUGGACAACUUUUAUCAAUUUAAACAUAGAGUGAAUCCCAAGAAGUCAUUCGAGGCUAUGGUUUAUAUGCAAAGCAAUUGUGUCGAACGAAAUAUGCGAUCAAUUGGACAGCCCGUGGACAUCACUGGAGAGCAAAUGGCCAGGCUCACCCAUCGAAUAUUCCCGGCUACUAUUCUGAAGCCACCCUUUCUAUAUAGCAAUGGCCCGGCGGCUAUCAACUAUGGGGCCAUUGGAUGGUUGAACGGAAGGAAUACUUUGGGAGAGAAUAUUGCGGACAACGGAGGCCUCAGAGAGUCGUUCCGCGCGUUUCAGACGUACGUCAAGACAUACGGAGAACCACAACGACUGCCAUAUGUCUCGCAAUACACACCACAACANACAACAGCUGUAUUUCCUUUCAUACGCAUCCGUACUUUAAUUGCAUUCAUAAUACUUGUGGUUAUUUUAUCCGUCCGACACAAACAAACUAUUGACCCUACACCUACACCUACACCUACACCUACACCUACACCUACACCUACACCUACACCUACACCUAACACCAAUUUAUGCCAAUCGCCGGUAUGUAAAUCCGCGGGAAUGGCACUGAAAGCCAAUCUCAACGAUUUGGUCGAUCCGUGCCAUGACUUCUAUGCGUUCGCGUUCGGCGGUUGGGAGUAG